GUCAUAUGCGCGUCAUAGGCUAAACUGUCUUUAUCUGGACCGGGGAAAAUACAACCGUCAUUAAGCGAAGUUCUUCAUUCGUUUGUGCAAACAAGAAGGGAAGCAUGUUAGAUACAUGCAGAGAAGCAAAUUUUGAAGAAGUUCGCCUCAGUGGAAAGCCAUUUCAGUGUAAUCUUCGCGUUUGUGACGCUUCAACGAACUUUUCGUGCAAAACUAACAAGUUCGAACUCUGCACAAACACGAACGAAAGUGGAAGGUGGAUGCACGUUCCAAAAAAUAACGGCAAGGAAAUGAUUCUAAACACCGUUUGUGAAAUUGGCCGUCUUAUAGGAUCGGGAGGAUUUGGAACCGUUUACGAGGGGAGUUUGGAUGGUAAAAAGAUAGCAGUUAAGAACAUGCAUCGAAACGUGAAAAACCCGCAAGCAAUGUACGAGAGUGUCCAAGCAGAGAAAUUGGCUCUCCCCCUGAAACAUCCUAACAUUGUACGGACUCUGGCUUUUUUUGAGCAAGAAAAUCUACAAGAUGUGUGGAUUUUCAUGGAAUUUGCUGGUAACAGGACAUUACAGGCAAUUAUUGACGAUGAUCGAGAAGUUCUGGGAAGUUCUCGCCGAUGGAACUAUGUUCGUGACAUUGCCUGUGCGUUAAAAUUCGUCCACGAGAAUGGUCUUGUACAUUUGGACUUAAAACCUGCAAAUGUUAUUGUUGAUCGUCAAGAUCUCUGCAAACUCGGUGAUUUUGGAUGUUGUCAGAGUAUUGGGAUAACUGCUAAGGACGAAGCUUUGCUUCCUCCGAGCCCUGCACCGAGUCCGAGAAGCUUACUAACUGGAACAUUCGCGUACAGGGCACCAGAGUUGUUAAAAGGCGAACUUCCCAGCGGAAAAGCUGACAUGUACUCACUUGGCAUUUGCUUAUGGCAGAUGCUUUUCCGGGAACAUCCCUAUGGACUAGAAAGUCACUUUGUUGUUAUUUUCGGAGUUGUUGCGCAUCACUUACGACCGUCACUUGUAAAUUUGCCGGCAUUUGCGUCAACCGAUUCAGACACGCCGGCCUAUAUUGAACUCAUGAAGUUGUUAUGGCAUGCAAGCCCACUUGGCAGACCUACUGCAGGGGAAGUUUUAAAAAUUGUGGAUGAUAUGAAAACCAUGUGACAUUCUGGUUCAACACAUGUCGAACUGUACACUAGUGCACGUAGGUCCUUGUUAGUUUGCACGUAGGUAGGCAACAAAGGUUGUAGAAUUGACGCUUUGCAUUUGCCACGACAGAAUUAUUUUUUAAAUUUUAUUUCUCGGAAUAAUUUCGUAUCAGCUAAAAUGAAAAUUUCACUUUUUCUCUACCGGAUGUGUUAAGAGAAUCUAAAGGUCAAAUUGUUGACCGGUUUCGUGUUGAAAUUCCGUGUACGUAUGUUGUUGUAUUUUGUGGUGCUGUCACGACGACGUAUUUGCAUAAAUUUGCAAAAUUUUGCAAAUCUCAUUUACGCUCCAAUACAAAAGAUUUACGCAGAUUCCAUUCGUGAACGAAAUUAGUGAUUUUGUAGUCAAUUCUCAAAGGAAUUAAUGUUUUCUAAAGAAAUCUUACGCAGGUAAUAAGGAGAAGUAAUCUCUAUAUGUUUUGGUACAUUUGAAGCAAAUUUCGACUUCCGUGACACGGUAGCUGGAAUUGGAAUAUUGAUCAUUACUCGUAAAAGUGCGCUCUCAUCCUGUAUAGAGCACUUUUUAUAGAUUGCAUGUAAAUGAGAGAUAAAUGUGUAUUAGUUUCCAAGGAGAUCCUAUAUGUGAGAUUUUGUAAUGAGCCGUAAAAUUUUAUAGCCUUUUUGUUCCCCUAGACAACAUAAUCCUUCGUAAUCAAGAGGUUUUCAUGAAUCUGAAAGUAAUUUUUUGGGAGUUUUUCAGGUUGCGUAAUGUGCUGUUGUCGUUCUUUUUUAAUGGCCUUGAACUUUCCUAAUGCUUUUCGAAUAUUUCUAUUUUUUAAAUUAAUUUUAAUUUUAUUUACAGUUUUUUGGUACUUUUAGUGGGCCAGACUGGUGUAAAAAAUGUUUUUUAUUACUCUCGGUAGAAGCCCGUACUAUGAUCUUUAUGCUAAAGAAAAUAAAAAACUCAGUGUGAAAAAAAUUCGAGCAAUUUAGUGUCUACAUUGUAUCAUGCAAGAUGUAAAUAGUAUUGCAAAGUCAUGAUUUGAAACCUAAAUUGUUUUAUUAUUGUAUAUUGAUACCAAACAUGUAUUAUAAAAUUUACAGAUUUAUCAUUAAGAGAGUUUAUUUAUUAGUUAAAGGAAUAGUUGAUAUUUAGAGUUAUAUUCUGAGAGAAUCUUCCAAAAUUUUCAUAGCUUGAUGAAAGCAAGUAGAUAAACACAGAAAAGUCCGUGACUAUAAUUAAAAUAUUAAUUGUACAGAGAACAACAUAUUGUUGUGACUUACAGUAAAACUGUACAAAAUAAAAUGUAUGCUGAAAGAA